AAGUGCAGUGUGUAGACAGUUUCUGGGUUUCGCUCGUGGACGAUUCAGAGUGAGGAUCCAGAGAGUCGUUACUAGAAGCCACGUGUAUAAAUCGUUAAGAAUGAAUAAGAACAGGAGUCACACUACUGAGAGGAUAUUACAUCUCACCGUGGAGAUCAUCUACCUGCUGACUGGGGAGAAUUACACAGUAGUGAAGAAGACAUCCAUUGAGUAUGAGACACCCAGCAGCCGGCCCAGUGUGUCAGGAGGACUGAGCAGGACCCAGAGCCCCAUCACGGUGCCUCCACCUCACUCACUGAUGCAUGAGAGGCACAGUGACCAGAAGAUCCUGGAACUCACCAACAAGAUCAUUCAGCUGCUGACUGGAGAGGAGGGGGAGUAUAUAGAGGAACACAGGGGUCUGUACAAGGACGUGAUGAUGGAGAAUCACCGGCCCCUCACAUCACUGGAUGGGCCCAGUAACAGAGAUACCCCAGAGAGAUGUCCCCGUCCUCUGUAUUCCCAGGAUUGUACAGAGGAGAAUCACAGGAUCCCACAGGAGGAUCAGAGUGAAGAUCUGACUGGUAUUAAGAUAGAAGCUAUAGAGGGAGUAGAAGAGAUGUAUGUGACUGAUAUGAAGGCAGAGGCUAUAGAGGGAGAAGAAGAGACGUAUGUGACUGAUAAGAAGGCAGAAGAACCAGAGGUAGCAGAGGAGUAUGUAACUGAUAUGAAGGCAGAAGAUACAGAGGGAGAAGAAGAGACGUAUGUGACUGAUAAGAAGGUAAAAGAUACAGAGGGAGAAGAAGAGAUGUAUGUGACUGAUAAGAAGGUAGGAGAUACAGAGGGAGAAGAAGAGACGUAUGUGACUGAUAAGAAGGUAGAAGAUACAAAGGGAGAAGAAGAGACGUAUGUGACUGAUAAGAAGGUAGAAGAUACAGAGGGAGAAGAAGAGACGUAUGUGACUGAUAAGAAGGUAGAAGAUAAAGAGGAAGAAGAAGAGACGUAUGUGAGGGGUGAUCAGCAGUGUAAGGAGGAGGAGAUACCUACAGAUAUCAGCACAGAUGGACGCAAAAGCAGGAAUACCUCGGAUGGACAUCUCAUUUUGUGUACAGAUUUUAACUUAGAAGAUAACAUCACACAAGAGUCUUCAGAAGAAAACGGCAUUACCUUAAAUAUACGUCCGGUACUUCACAGUGUAGAUAGGUCAUCCAAUCCAGAUUAUAAUAAGGAAUCUUCUGCUGGUAACGCGUAUAUUGCUUCACAUAGUAAAGAUCACAGUAGUGAUGCAGUUUUUACCUCUUCUGAACGUGGGAAAUGUUUUACACAUCAGUCAGUCUUUAUUAGACACAAGAGAAGUCACACAGGUGAAAAAUCAUUUCCAUGUACUGAAUGUGGGAAAUAUUUUAAAUGCAAAUCACAGCUUGUUGAACAUCAGAAAUGUCACGCACGGGAUAAACCAUUUCUAUGCUUUGAGUGUGGGAAAUGUUUUCCACAGAAAUCACAUCUUGUUUCACAUCAGAGAAGUCACACAGGUGAGAGGCCAUUUCGAUGCUCUGAGUGUGAGAAAUGUUUUAUUAAGAAAUCACUUCUUAUUAAACAUCAGAGAAGUCACACAGGGGAGAGGACAUAUACAUGCUCUGAGUGUGGGAAAUGUUUUCCACAGAAAUCACAUCUUGUUUCACAUCAGAGAAGCCACACAGGUGAGAGGCCAUUUCGAUGCUCUGAGUGUGAGAAAUAUUUUUUUAAGAAAUCACUUCUUAUUAGACAUCAGAGAAGUCACACAGGGGAGAGACCAUAUACAUGCUCUGAGUGUGGGAAAUGUUUUACAGACAAAUCAGCUCUUGUUAGACAUCAGAUAAUUCACACAGGUGAAAAACCAUUUCCAUGUCCUGAGUGUGGGAAAUAUUUUAAACGCAAAUCACAUAUUGUUGAACAUCAGAAAUGUCACACAGGGGAUAAACCAUUUCUAUGCUCUGAGUGUGGGAAAUGUUUUAGAAUGAAAUCACAUCUUGUUAUACAUCAGAUAAUUCACACAGGGGAUAAACCAUUUCCAUGUUCUGAGUGUGGGAAAUGUUUUACCACAAAAUUAGAUCUUAUUGUACAUCAGAGAAGUCACACAGGUGAAAAACCAUUUCCAUGUUCUGAGUGUGGGAAAUGUUUUACACAGAAAUCAUAUCUUGUUAACCAUCAGAGAAGUCACACAGGUGAGAAGCCAUUUCCAUGCUCUGAGUGUGGGAAAUGUUUUGCACAGAAAUCAUAUCUUGUUAUACAUCAGAGAAGUCACACAGGUGAAAAGCCAUUUCCAUGCUCUGAGUGUGGGAAAUGUUUUACGCAGAAAUCAUGUCUUGUUAAACAUCAGAGAAGUCACAUAGCUAAGAAACCAUAUGCUGUACAGCAUCAGACAAUUUACACUUGAAUGUCCAUGAGUUGGUAGACGUGAAACAGGGUUGUAUUAAUAUGCUACACAUAACAAAAGUGUAAUAACAUUAUGUGUAUAUAGAUCACAGUGGUUGUCAACUCAACCAUCAAGUUUUUCCAUCAGGUCAUGUUUUAAAGAUUCCUGUUUAUAGAAGUAGGUGGGAUAAAUACUGACUCUGCAAAAUAGAGUAACUCGCCUGUACAUGAUUAAAGAGUUUCACACCACACUCCAGGUUCCACGUUUCUACUUUGUGGGAGGAGACCCAGGGAAACCUGGAGACAAUGGCCCUCAUUCUGAGUUGAUUGCUCGCAGGCUACUUUUAGCAGCCAUGCAAUCGCAUAGUCGCCGCCCACGGGGGAGUGUAUUUUAGCAUAGCAGGAGUGCGAACGCCUGUGCAGCCGAGCGGCAGCAAACACAUUUUGUGCAGAACAAGACCAGCCCUGUAGUUACUUAUUCUGUGCGAUGAUUGCUGUGACGGAUGACACGGUAAUGAUGUCAGAUACCCGCCCAGCAAAUGCACGGACACGCCUGCGUUUUUCCAAACACUCUCAGAUACCGGUCAGUUGCCACCCAGAAACACCCACUUCCUUGCGUCCGUCAGUGCGACUGAAAGCGUCGCUAAAACCUGUGCAAAACCACGAUACUCGUUGUACCCGUACGCCACGCGUGCGCAUUGCGGUGCAUAUGCAUGGGCAGAUUAGCCCCGUUCUGCCAUAAUCGCUGCACUGCAAAAAUCCGUAGCGAGCGAUCAACUCGGAAUGAGGGCCAAUAGACAGACUUUACAUCAAUAGGGCCACAGUAGAACUUGUAUGUGAUACCCCAGAGCAGCAUCUCUGCAAUUCUAACCACUAUGCCACCGUGUAUACUGUAUAUAGCUAAUGUAUAUAAUAAAAACAGCCAAAAUUAAAUGUAGAGUGUACAAAGUGAUGUUUUUAUGUAAUUAUGGAGGGCAAAUCAGUGCCGUAGUUACACACUUCAUUUUCAUGUUGUUAUUGAAGUACUAUCCAUAGGAAUAUGAAAUGUGUUAUAUACGUAAGACUAUAGUGGUACUCUAUGCAUAAUCAGGUGGCAUUGUAUUGGUUCUAUGCAGUAGUGUUGUUUUUGGAUUGUUAUUAUACUACUGUUUAGCGUGUUUUCUUCAUAUUUGUGUAUAUAUGUUUUUUAUUGUCUAAUAAAUGAGGGGGGAAAGCUAUUAAAAAAUGCAUUUCCAGGACUUGAAAAUAACCAAUUUAAGACAGCUGGGCGAUAGUACAAAAGGUCGACAGGUUCCAAAGGUCAAUAUGGAUAUUAUAGAAAACAUUGUCAACACGUUUUUUCAACAUUUUUAGAGUUAGGCACUAGGAUGAGGGUUAGGCUGCUAGAAGGGAGACGGUUAGGAUUAGGCUAAGGGAU